CAGAGUGAACAAGCACAGGAGCAAGACUAGUGAAGCAAGCCAGAUGAAUGCAGCUACAUUGUCUCAACUCCACACGCUUUGUACCCCAACUGUUCAUUCUGCUUCAGUGCCAGCAUCAAGCAAGCGCACACUGGUAUACUCAAUUGCAAUGAUGUUUUCCUGGCUGUUUCUUCUUCUUCUUCUCUGCUGCUUUGCCAGCACAGGAAGCUCUGCUGUGUUCACCCAACAACCCACAGACUUGGUGGUGGUGGCAGGCCAGCCAGUCACCCUGCCCUGCUCCAUCCCCGGCUACAAUGGCAUGGUGCUAUGGCUGCGUGAUGGCAUGGCCCUGGGUGUUAACAGGGAUCUGUCAGGUUACCCACGGUAUAACAUUAUUGGAGAUCUCAGGAAAGGAGAAUAUCACCUCUUGAUCCAGAGAACAGAGAUUCAAGAUGAUGCUGUCUUCGAGUGCCAGGCCAUCCAGGCAGCUAUCAGAUCACGACCUGCCCACCUCACUGUGUUUGUUGCUCCUGACAACCCAGUGAUAGUGGGGGCCCCGGUGGUGACUUUACAGGCUGGUGACCAACUCAACCUCACAUGCCACGCAGACAGUGCCAAACCUGCUGCAUCCAUCAUCUGGAUCCGCAAUGGUAUAGUCCUGAAUGGAGCCGUGUAUUCAAAGACCUUGUUGCGGGAUGGUAAGAGGGAGAGCACAGUUAGCACACUCUACCUGCUGCCCCACAACAUUGAGUCAGGUCAGCAGAUCACCUGUCGAGCAUCAAACAAAGCAGCCCCCAACGGAAAAGAUGCUACUGUCACAAUUGACAUUCAGCACCCACCCAUUGUCAACCUCACCGUUGAGCGUCAGCCUGUUCUAGAGGGGAGUGUGGUCAAAUUCCAUUGUGCUGCAAAAGCCAACCCUCCUGUCAUCUACUACAGAUGGGCCAAAGGAGGUUAUGUGAUCCCUGACGUGUCGGGCGACACCUAUGAGGCUCUUGUGGACUACUCUUUCUUCACUGAGCCUGUUUCCUGUGAGGUCACCAACAUACUGGGAAACACCAACAUCACCAGGAACGUGGACGUCUACUUUGGGCCGAGGAUGGGGGCAGAGCCUCAGUCUCUGCAGGUGGACCAAGGAUCGGAUGCUGUUUUCAACUGUGCUUGGACAGGAAACCCCUCUCUGACCAUCGUGUGGAUGAAACGUGGCUCAGGAGUGGUGCUUAGCAACAAGAACACUCUGACACUGAAAGGAGUGAGGCAGGAGGAUGCUGGGAAGUAUGUGUGUCGGGCUGUUGUCCCCAGAGUGGGUGUGGGGGAGAAGGAAGUGUCGCUCACUGUGAAUGGUCCUCCCACUAUCUCUAGCACCCAGACCCAGCAGGCGCUCUACGGAGAGAGGGGUCAGAUCAAGUGUUUCAUACACAGCAGCCCUCCUCCCGACCGUAUCGCCUGGUCCUGGAAGGAGACAGUUUUGGAGUCAGGCACAUCUGGACGCUACACUGUGGAGACGGUCAGCACAGAGGAGGGGGUCAUCUCCACUCUGACCAUGAGUAACAUAGUCCCCGCAGAUUUCCAGACCAUCUACAACUGCACAGCAUGGAACAGCUUCGGCUCUGACACUGAGAUCAUACGCCUCAAAGAACAAGAGACUCUGCGACUGGCUGUUAUCAUCGGUGUGGCAGUGGGAGCCUUCCUCGCCCUCUCUAUCCUCCUGGGGACACUCAGCGCUUUCUGCUGCACCAGAUUCCACACGAAGGAUGUCCAUCUGGUCAUGUCUUCUCUUCCUGUGUCAAUGUCACACCACAGAGAUGUGAAAACAGAGAGUCUUAAAGGAGGCAUUCAGGUGGAGAUUGUCCACAAGGACCAUGAUGCAGCACAGGAGAGCGAGGAGCAUAUGAACAUCAAACAGAUGAUGACAGACCAUGGUGAGUUCCAGCAGGAGGCUGUGCUGAAGCAACUGGAGGUGCUCCAUGACGAGGAAAAGGACCCCACAAAUGGCUACUACAGUGUCAGCACGUUCAACGAGCACCACGCCACCCACACCAUGUCCUUGACCCCCAGCCAGACUCCUGACAUAGGCCGAAGCCCAACCGCUGGAACUAAGACUAUUGGCAAACAGCAGGUGCCCACUGGCAUGUCCUUCACCAACAUCUACAACACCCUUGGUGCCGGUCCAAACCGCCUGUACGACUACAGCCAGCGCUUCGUCCUGGGCAUGGGAAGCAGUUCCAUCGAGCUGUGUGAGCGGGAGUUUCAGCGGAGCUCACUCAGCGACUCCAGCUCCUUCAUUGACACUCAGUGUGACAGCAGCGUCAGCAGCCACAGCAAGCAGGACAGAUGUGUGCAGCUUGACAAGGACAGCAAGACCUCAGCCUCGUCCUCCUCUCACUAUUCUCAGUCCUCCUCCCAGAACUCAGACAUCACCAGGCCUCUGCAGAAACGCAUGCAGACCCAUGUCUAACUGUCAAGGGCCUUGACCGGGCGAUAAAGGAGUCAUCUUACUUUCACAGAUGAGACAUAAUAUCAGCUGGUUUCAGCCUAGUGUCAGCUGGUUUCAGGUCUUUAUCUGUUUGCUCUCCUCCUCCUCUCUGCUCACAAAUGCAGUACUUUGAUACAGCUGAAUUCACAAUGAAGCUGUUCUCAUUUACAUGGCAGACACUGUACAAGUGUAGAACUGUACUUGUCCCAUUCCCAUUAAUGAGAGACACCUACAACUUGUGUGUAUUUUGUGUCUCUGGGAAGCAUGCUCUCAUUUCCAUGUUUGGCUGACAUGGUCCUAUUUACACUAGAGCUCUGUAAAACAAGUAUUUUGUAUACUGUGAUUUUGGUACUGAAUGAUAAGGAUGAAGAUGAAGUGAGAUUCUUGCUGUUAAACAGUUCUGUUGGUCUAUGGACUUUGAUGCACUAAUGUAAGUGAGCAUGAAUGCUAGAGCUGGAGACAAUACGCUCUCAUCAGUCUGAGCCUGAUAAUUGAACUGCUGCACUCAAGUGCAAUGACAAACACAGAAUAAACAAACACAGAGUGAUAA